AUGGGCAUCUUCUCCCGCAGCGCGCGGUCCUACCACCUCGUCCACCGCAAGUGGCCCAAGGUUUCGCGCAAGGCCACCAUCUGGCUGAUGCCCCUCGAGCUCGCCGGCCUCAUCGCCGUGCUCGUCAUCUACGGCAUUGCUCAGCCAGACCUCUACCGCACGAAGAUGUGGCAGAUUGGCUUCGACAACGGCCUCAACUCCAACCCCAACAUGAUCCUCUACGCCUACGCCAACUUUAAGCCGCUACCCAAGGUGCCUCUGAUCUGGUCCUCCACAUUGACCAACUUCAAUGUCGCCAUCUCCGUCAUAUCUCUCUUCUUCCUCCUUGCCAAGCUCAUCGCCUUCAUCAUGAAGCUGUGGUUCCCCAUCGUCGCAAUCUUCGUCAACACCGCCCUCCUCAUCCUCUACACCGUCAGCAUCUACGGCCAGAUCGGUCCCGACUACUCCGACUCGCGCUACCCUUCGCCCGCCGCGUGGUACUUUCGCCAGGGCUGCGGCCUAGCCAAGAAGUAUGGCGCUUACCAAUCCUGCCAGAUCGCCCAGGGCUCCCUCGGUGUAACAUUUUACAUGCAAGCCUUGUACAUUCUCAAUCUCGGGUUCGCGGCCUACGCCAUGUGGCCCAGGAGCGGCAACCACUUCGAGGACGAGUCCGAUGCCGAGUCCAUCCACAGCACCGCCAACAUCAAGGACACCGAGAUGCAGGCCUUUCACUCGACGCCCUUCACUCCUCGCACUCAAGCUUUCCACACCCUCGAGAGGAAGCUGCCCCUGCGCCAGGAGGUGACCCCCCUGUACAAGUAA